AUGGGCUCCCUUUUGGAUACCGAUAGUGCUUUUGACUUCAUCGUCUGUGGCGGAGGCACGGCAGGAUGUGUGGUUGCAGGAAGGCUGGCAGAGGACCCCAGCGUCAGAGUGCUCGUGCUCGAGGCCGGACAAGACAAUGAGAACUUGGAGAACACGCAUAUGGCUGGAGCAUGGGCCAACAACCUCGACGGACCGGAGGACUGGAACAUCGUUUCCGAGAAGGGAUCAGGUAUCAACAAACGGCAAGUCAAGUUGAGCAGAGGCAAAUUCCUCGGUGGGUCCUCUGGAUUAAACGGGACUCUUUGCAUCAAAGGCUCCAAGCAGGACUACGAUGAUUGGGGGCUCGAGGGAUGGAGUGGCGAUGAAUUCUUCAAAUACAUGGAGAAGGCCGAGACAUUUCAUGACAAGCCUUGGUUCAAAGCACACAGCAAGUCUCAUGGUUACCAAGGACCGCUUCAUACCGAGCCCCACGACUUAGCACCCAUCUCGAAGCUCGUGAUCGAAUCCAUGGUCUCCAAAGGGCUUCCACUGGACGAUGAUAUGUUCUCGCAUGGAGAGAAUCCCCAUGGCUGCGGACACGCACCGCGCACUGUUCACAGGGGAAUUCGCACUACAGGGGCCGACUUCAUCACCAAGGAUUACCGUAGGGACAAUAUCUUCAUACUAACGCAGACACAUGUCGACAAGGUUUUGUUUAAAGAUGUGGACGGUGAAAAUGUGGCGACCGGCGUCCGGGCGGUGAGCGAAGACGGCGUGGCCUUUGAUCUAACGGCAACCAAGGAGGUCAUCGUUAGCGGCGGCGCAUAUUGCAGUCCUAAUAUCCUACAAAGAUCUGGUAUAGGGGCCAAGGACAAGUUAGCUGCCCUGAAUAUUCCGACUCUCGUGGACUUGCCUGGCGUGGGCAAGAACCUCAUGGACCACCUCAUCGUCUUCAUGUUCUACGAGGUUUCCAAGCCGGGCCUGACCAAUGACCAUCUGGCCUACCACGAAGGUGCCCUCGAAAAGUCGUACAAGCUCUGGAAAGAGAGCAAGGCUGGUUUCCUGUCGACCUUCCCAUUUGGCUCUUUUGGGUUCGCACGCCUGGAUGACAGGCUGGCUGACUCCCAGUUGUGGAAUUCCGCUCCCAGGGCGCCUGGCCGUGACCCUAUGGGCCUGACAUCCAAGCAGCCGAACAUCGAGUUCUUCCACACAGAGUGCUAUGGUGGCCCCAAGCAAUAUGACAAAUACCCCGUCGACAACAAGCAUGCUUUUGCGAUGAUUGCGGAGCUCUUCUCGCCCCGGUCCAGGGGAACGGUGGAACUAAAUAGUACAAACCCCCUGGACGGGCCAAAGGUGGAUUGCGGAUAUCUUGAAGACCCAUUGGACGUUGAGGUUCUCGCUGAGGCUUGCCGGUUCGGUAACGAGAUCAUAGUGGGAGGUAAAGGGACCAAAGAUGUCAUCAAGGGGUCGUGGCCACCUGACCUGACACACCAUACUUACACCACCCGGGAUGAGUGGAUUGCAUAUGUGAGGGACAACGCUACCACAUGUUACCACGCAGCGGGUACAUGCGCCAUGGGCAAACGCGACGAUCAGAAUGCGGUGGUAGACGAGAAGCUCAAGGUUAAGGGCGUGAGAAAGCUGCGAGUGGCAGAUGUCAGCGUUAUGCCCAUUCUGCACGGAGGUCAUACUCAGAUGCCGGCGUAUGGGAUCGGCGAGAAGGCUGCAGACCUUAUCAAAGAGGAAUGGGGAUUGAAGAAUGCUGCUUGA